ACAAAUUCUUUCGAUGAAGCGAGAACAAGCGAAAAAAAGUCGAGAAAUCAUUGCCGAUGAUGCUUCAACAAAAUUAUAGCAAUGAACUGGCGGGUAAUGCCGACAGCUCAGGACGUAGAGUUGAGUUAUCGUCUUAAAUGCGUGGAUGUGGAGAGCGAGCGAGUGUUCGGCGAUGUAGUAGUAACUCAUCGCACCAGCGCCGCCGAACUCAGCGUGUAUCACAAGAAACGUCAGAAUCUCAUACAGCAAAUACUGGAAACACCGGAUUUCCUUGAGCUAAACCGCGUCAAUCGCAAAUUAACAGCGAAAAGAAGAAACACGACUAUUAUUCAGAGCGGCGUUCACGAUGAAUUUGCUAACAAGAGGAAUGUUUUUAAGAUCGCCAGAUCUAAGUCGCUCGAUUAUAAUGAGGAAAUUGAUAACAAUCGACUUGUCGAUGAAAUGCAUGAAAGUUCGAUGGAAUCUGGAAGUUACCCACUACCUCUUCCGGAAUUAACUGCAACGCAGGAGCCUGUUUCAUCGUUAGUAGACCAGUUGCUGGGUAAUAUCUAUGGCGCUGAUAACGAAUCUACAUGUGGCGGUGAUUCGUCAUGGAAAUCAUCACAUCGAGAGAGACCGCAUUUACAAAGGAUACGACUACAGCUCAAAAGCACAGCCGAGCUACGAGUACUUCAGAAUUGCUUACAGGAGUAUGUAAACCACACAGGUUGUUUACUACUUCGCCAAUUGAGACGCCGAGACUAUUUGAAAGCAAGGUACGAGCGCCUCUGCAACGUUGUCACCGCUCAUCUGCAGGCGCACAGCAGCAAACGCUGCGAAGAUAUGAGGAUGCGAUUCAGCUUGACUCCACAACCCGGAGAAAGUGGCUUUAAUCAGUGGCUGGAUGCUAUGAAAAUGGUCGCCAAGCUUCAGGGUGGAAUACCAGCUGAAUUCCGUAAAAAGCUAUGGCUGACGUUGGCGGAGAGGCAUCUGGAGCAGCGUGGCAUCAACUGGCAACAGGCGGAAAAGCUCUGCUUCAACGAAUGGAGCAAUCCCGACGACGAGGAGCUUGGCAUUCAGAUAGUCAAGGACCUGCACAGAACAGGAUGCAGCUUGUUCUGCGGCGCUGCGGGCCGAGACAAUCAGGCGGUACUACGUCGAGUACUUCUCGGUUAUGCUCGCUGGAACAAGUCAGUUGGUUAUUGCCAGGGAUUAAAUGUACUCGCAGCAUUGAUCCUUCAAGUUGUCGACCGCGACGAAGCUGGAGCAGUCAAGGUCAUGAUCUACCUCAUCGAAGGUGUCUUACCAGAAGGUUACUUUGCCGAUAGUCUUCGUGGCCUCUCCGUCGAUAUGGCUGUCUUCCGUGAUCUACUGCGCAUGCGCGUGCCUAGAUUGUCCAGGCAUCUCGAGUCUCUUCAGAACGAUCCCAAAGAUAAGGCCACAGUUCUUGCAGGAAGUAGUUACGAGCCGCCGUUGACGAAUGUCUUUACGAUGCAAUGGUUUCUUACGCUUUUUUGUCACUGUUUACCUCAAGAUGUCGUUCUACGCGUUUGGGAUUUAAUCUUCCUUGAGGGCAAUGACGUUCUUUUGCGUACUGCUCUUGCCAUCUGGGAAGGAAUUUCUGAUCGCAUCAUGACUGUAACAUCUGCAGACGAGUUUUAUAGUAUAAUGGGAGUUUUAACGAGGGAGAUGUUGGAAUUUACAGAUACGAAUAAUCUUAUAAAAACUAUUGUAGCAAUGGGUCCACUGACUGGUAUCACGAACUUACGAGAAAAGCAUCGAUAUAAUAUAACACCGUGGGCUAGAAGGUUAAGCGACGAUGAAGAUUCCGAUACAGAAGAUGAUGAUAGACUAGCUGUUGCCACGGCUGCAACGAUAUUUUCUUCACCACGUAUGAAGAGAUCAGAUCGACAUUCAUCGUCAAUGGCACCUUCUAACGAUCGAGAAAGAUUAGCCUUGGAUAUAAGCACGUUGAAGCAGCAGUAUGCAAAAUUACGAGAACGCCAACGCCAAGCCCACAUUAUCCUGUCGGCGGCGUGCACGCGCCAAACGAUGAAUCCAUCGUCAACGGCGAGUCAAGCGAUGAACCACUUGCUCGUUGGCAAAAGUGCGUUGGUGAGCAGCAAAGGUCGCUCGUUGAGCGCGACCUCGAACUCGCUGAUUGCGCGAGCCAAGGCAGCGACAUUGCACGCAAGCGUAACUAGUCCCAGGAGUCAACGAGUCAAGGAGCGCCAGCAGCAACAGCAGGGAGUUACGAUACACUGGAAAGAUAUGAAGAAACGCAAGGAUGAGCACGAAGUGCAAGAACCAGCGGUGACGAUGGCAGCUGAGCCCGAGCCCGAGGUCGACAUGUCGUCGACGAGGCGACAGCAAGGUACAGUGGCCGCCGACAGUGAUAGUGACAGUACCUCCACUGAACUCUGUGACGAGCCUGAUCGACUUAGUGAUCUCGAUAGUGAGGAACCUACGUCUAUCAGUGAAGGAUACGCUAUCACUAUGGCAGAAGACGAUGAAGCAGCGAAGGUCGCCGAGCAGACGGAGCAACAGACUGUUUGCAAUAGAGCAAGCAAUCACCUCGAUGUCGCAAACGAGGAAACUUCUAUCGCUGAAAUCACUGAUCAAAUACGCAGGCUAUCAGCAGAUGAUGCAGACUUCAAAACGUCUCUCGAUGACAAUCAUCCAAUUGAGGGAACAAUUGAGGUAGAAAUCACUGAGUUGUCCUAUGACAAACCUGUUAAAGAAGAGACUAAAGUCGACUCACAAAUACCGUCAGUGCUUAAUAACGAAAGUGUUUUGUCAGAAACUCCGCGAACUAAAGUGGUCGACAUCACAAGUGUUUACGACUAUUCGAGAACAAUAAAAAGUCGAGUUGACGACGUACUUCUUAGUGCACCGACGAAAACGACGACGAAGUCGUCUUACGUGAUAGGCCAUCUGCCUAUUUCACCGGCUAGCUACGAGGCCAGAAACACCAGACAUUUAUCUGAACUUUCACCUUCGACGGAGCUUGCAGGAGGAAUUAGAGAACGGUUUGAUAGGAAUACGUUUUCAAGCAGUUUGGAUUCUGCGAUUCUCAUAUCAGAACAAAAAUUUUCUAGCUACAAGCUUGAGACUAAACGAAGUCCCAGAACUCCUGAAAGUGCCAAGUCCUUCAGUUCAGGCGAAACCAUGGGUCCUGAUUCAGUGAUUUCCAGCGUUGCAGCCAGUCCAAAAACUCCUUUACGCUCAGAUUCACGUGAUUUCACAAUUGUCGAUAAGUCGAGUACCUCGUCGGCUAGCUCAGAAUCGAAAACAUUAACUAUGCGUUCUAUCGAUUCCGAAGCCGUGAAAGUGCAAAGUGCCCCGACGAUAGAAGAGCCAGGUGACACGUCUAUGACACCAUUGAGUGACUCGCUGAUGCAGCCAAAAUCUACAGAGCCACCUUGUAGUUCGACUGAAUCUUUCUUUAGUCCUACUAAGCUCAAGUCUUCCGAGAGAUCAUUCAGUUCCGAGCUGCAAUCGCCAGUGAGCGCCAACUCUAUAAAGUAUACAGCAAAUUACAGCUUCAAGUCCGAUUUGGCUGACUUGAAACCUUCCUCGGAAAUAGGUCCUGUAAUAUCACCAUUUUAUCCAAUUUUAAAUCCAAAUCAUAAGACACCCUCGCCACUCAGCGAGGAGAAAAGACAAAUUGAUAACGAAAGAGGAGAACUAGAAUACAAAAACAAUAAUCAAAAUUACAAUAAAAAAAAUUAUUCAACUACUAAAACUCCAAUUCAAGCUUUUGAUAUUUCUCAACUACAAAAUAAUGAUGAUAACCCUAGUAUAAAAAUAUCUGACGAAAAUGACACUGUCAAGAGUAGCUUGAGAAAACUAUACAGCUAUGAGUUUGACGAUGAUGUAAAAACUGGAGAAGAUAGCAAGGAAGAAAAGAAUAUGGGUCGAACAUCGGCAUUCGAAGUUUAUCGCCGAAGUAAAUUCGAAGAAGAGCUCAAAGAGACUGAUACUCUGUCGCCGCUUCCUAACAUACAAUUUGAAAACCGCAAUGAAUUUUUAGAGAGGAGCCGAGGAAGAUCCUUAGAUGGAAAAUUGGAAACUCUGGAAGUUGCAGGUAUAUCUUACGAUCGAAGUAGCAGCAGUUUAGAAAAGCGAUUCCCAGGCAUGCUGUUAUCACCUUCGAUGGAAGAUUUUGCUAACAAUGCGAAGAAACGUUCCAGCGAUGUUCUCGAAGAUCUUAAACAUUUUGAAGCUAAAACAAUGUCAGACGGUGAGAUUGAUCCUAAUAUGUUAACAAGAAAGUCUAGCUGCAUAUGGGAGGAUUUAAAAAAUUUGGAAGCUCGACGACAGGAUACUUUCAGUGAUUCAGUUAGCGGCUUUUCAAGACAAAAAAUUGAAGUCCCUGGUAUUUGCAUAUCCUCAGAGCAUCGAAAGACAUAUAUUGUCGAACCAAAAAUCAAUAUUGAUGACAAUAGUGAUAGCAUUUUAAAAACAGUAGUUUAUAAAAAUGGAAAUCUUCAAGAAGACGAUGACGAUAAUGUAGAAUCGAAACUUGGAGUCUGGACUAAAGUUAAACCUAGAAAACGAAACGACAAUGGACGGAGAAGUAGUGACAGAGCGUUGAAAAUUAUUCAAGAAAAUUCAGCAAUCCUUCAAAAGAUUCUGACUUGUCAAGCAAGAAAGAGAUUACCAGAUCUAGAAGAAAUAUCGAAACAAAUUACAAUUAGUCCGAUCAAUGAAGAGAUAUCGAAAAUAUUUAGUCCUAUUCUUGAGAAAAUGGGAUUUAACGAGCAUGAAAUAAAUGAAGAGUUGGCAAGGAUAAACUUUAAAGAUUUGGAUCGUAAUACCACUACCACCACCGCUUCGGAGUUUGAAGCCAAAAUCAACGAAGAAUUAUCAAAAUUAUCGCUUGUUGGUGACAACGAUGAAGUUGCUUAUCUUCCCGAUGUUGAAGAUCUGUCAUCCGAUUAUCUAGUUCACAGAGAUGCCUUUAUUGAUCGCCAAAUAAAUAAGGAGCUGUCUAAAUUAAUAUCUCACUACGACGUUGAUUCGCCAAUGGCUCUUCAAAAGGGUUCUUCCAGUAUUCAUGUGAGCGACGAUUUAUCCACAUGCUCGACCAAUGUUUACUCGUACAAAUCAUCGGACGAUUCCCUCGAUAUCAAUGACCUAGGCUCCAGCAGAGAUCCGUUGCAUUCGACAAUGUAUCAGGAUAAUCCUCUACCAUACGUACCUCGUAACGAUUACUCGACUCUACGUGAGUUCUCGACUAAAAGGGAUGUCGACAUUUACAGAGACAUAGAUAAACUUAAUCAGAUUUCAUAUACGAAACCCCCAAUGAACACAGAAACCAGACACCCAGAUGUUGUGCCAAUCUCCGUGCCGUACAUAUCAGACGUGGUCCAGUCACCGAAGAUUGAUUAUCCUUCUUCGAUCAUCGAGAAGCAAACACCUAAUAACAUAUCACCAUUGAAAAGCCCCUACGAUAGCUCUUACUCUUCGACACUUCAAGCUUCCUCCUACGAUUAUAAAUUACGAUUAUCGCCUAGAAAGAUACCUAAUAAUCCUUAUUCUGUUCGAUCGUACGAUGCCAAAAAUACUCUGGACACUGGGUUUGAAAAUUCAACCUUUGAGUUUACUUCGAGACAAGCAGUUGUUCCAUCAAAUCUGAAUUAUGAAUAUGAUCCCAAGAAGCAUAUUUUAUCAAAGGAACAUCUGGAAUUUCAAGUAAAAUAUGAGAAUGAUCCUGAUUUGAUGAUAACUAAACCACCUGUCAUUCGAGAUAUAAACCUGAAACUCAGCCCUUUUCACGCUGAUAACAGUAACGUAAAUUCGAUUACUUCUUUUUAUCCUGACAAACAGUUGAGUUCCACUGAUAAAUAUAUAGCCAGUAUAGACGAUCUAUCGCCUAUAGCCUCCAAUAUAGAUCUCAACGAUUACGAAUCAUCAUAUACGCGUAGAAAGUACGACAGUAUAUCACCACUAGAUAAGUAUUCCACUUACGGCGAUAACUACGAUGUUCUACAUCAACCUUACAAGAUUUUGUCAUUAGAACAUGAACCAGAAGUCUCUUCAUAUUUGACAAGUAGUUCAAUCAAUACCAGCCAUCACCGAGGCACCGAAAUCCCAUCGCCGCAAUAUCAGUACUGUGACUAUAGUAAACCUAUUGGCAAUUCGUACAAAAUGAUAUCGUCAAACCUUGACAACUCAGUCGCUAUGACGACGAGAAUAAAAACUACGUACGCUGAUAAUUCACCAACAGAUACAUUGAGUUAUAGAAACUCGACGUUGAUUUUAGGAACUGUUGGAGAAACUCAACCGAUAGGAGACCCCGAUAUCAAGUACAGUUACGAUGAAAUUCCAAGUCCUAAACCACUAGGAUUUAGUCCAUUUCCCGUGCGGAAUGCUCAAAGAAAACCUAAAGAUGUCGCACUUAAGUUGGGGUUGUAUUCACCAACUAAUUCUAUUCAGUCUAAGAGGUCUUAGCUUUACGAGGAUUGUGCAGAAUAUUUGGUGUAAAUUUAAAAAGGGAAAUACGGACUGGGCAUCUUCUGUUACUUUGAUACUACGUAUUGAAUUUAUUUUUGUAAGAUUGGUUCAUUGUAUUAGGGCCUUGCUUAGCUGUAAAUUUGUCUUAAUAGUUAUUGUUGAAAAUGGGUAAUAGAGGUAACUAUUUAGAAUGUUAAAUUUUUGUUAGUAUCACUAGUUAUGAAUGUGAGAAGGGCCUACACUAAUGUAAGAAUUAAUUUGUUAGCGUCGUCAUAUUUAUAAAUAUUACAAAAACUAAGGGUUGAAACAUGUUGGAUAAAAUUUUGCAUUGGAUAUUGUAAAUAGCAGUUUUAUAUGAUUUAUAAUUUUGCUAAAUUCCUUAGUCGAUUUUUAUAAAAAUGUGUGAUCUAAAUAUGCAUUUUUAUUUGAAUUUAUAGAUGCAUAAACAUUAUUCUUGUCGAAAUUUUUGUAAGAUACACUAUUAAAAUAUGAAUUAAUAAUUUUAUUUUCAUUAUAAUACAAACAGACUAAAUGAUAAAUAAAACAUUGAUAACUUUAUUUAAAAGUGAUAAUACAUUAUCAAUUUAUCAUUUUCUGUAAGCUUAUUAGAAUAUUAUUUAAAUAUACUUUCACAGUAUUUAAUAAAAGAUAAUUUUUUAAUACAUAAAUCUGCCAAAAUUUCAACAAUGAAAACAUUUUUAAAAAAUUACAAAAAAUAUAAUAAUUUAUGAACAAUUCCUAGCAUAUAAAUUUGUAUCAAGUUACCCUAAAACCAUCUCUACUCUCAUAUCUUUUACACUAUGAAAAACUUUCCGAUCUGAUUAGUAACUACAUUGAGAUAUAACAUUAAGAAACUCUUGUAUAGCGCUAAAAUUAAUUAACAGUCGAAUAUCAUUUUGACAUAUGUUUCAAAAUGAACGAACGAUGGUGCAAUUAAUAGAAUGUAGUAGGCUAUAUAGAUAUCAUUGGCUUGUCUUGGUUACAUUAUGAUUAGUUAUAAUGAAUGAAGAAUAACUCUAGAGUUAAUAACUUGCAGUUGAAGUAAUUUUAUGAGUAAAUAAAAAUCAACUGAUAAAUGUAAAAUAUUUGACAAAGAAUUACUUAUACGUUGUUGAUGAUACUGGGAAAAAUUGUAAUCGGUUCUAAAUAAGCCAAGUCAAUUGCCAGCUAAAUGUAGUGAAUGAGAUAAAACUAUAAAACCAAUGAAGAUCGCAUAUAUCUUACUUCCAAAAAUGAUUGUACGAAAUUCAUUCUUGCUAUCUUGAGUUUGAAUGAAUUUGUCACAUCAAAGUUAUGAAAGAGACAUUUGACAAGCUUUUAUGAAGAUUAUUACAAGUCAAGUUUUGCAUCUCGUUUGUUAAAAAUAACACUUAUAUUCAAAAAGUGAAUUCACGUGCGUUGUUAUAUUUUAAGAAAUUGCAUAUAGACUUAAAAAGACUGUAAAGUCUCUUUCGCUAUCUUAAAAAUCAACACGUCAUGUUUAGAAACACAAAUAUAUCGACUCAGAUCUCCUUCAAGCGGUAUUCGACUUCGUUUUUGUUGCAUUGAGUAAAACGCAUUUUUUAAUUUUUUUACUCUGUAAAAAAUAAGAUAAGUAUUCUAAGGUCAACAUCAGAAUGUUUUAAUAUUCAUAUAGAAUAUGGCAUAUUCUUUAUAAAUAAUUACUCUGACGAUAAAGGCAUACAUUUUGGAGAUAAUAAUAAUAAAUUAUUAUUUAUAAUUUUACAAUUAAUAAAAUGUAGCAGAUUGAGGUCAUUAAAAUAGACCGGAAUAUUGAAGUCUUGGAAAGAUUUUCUAAUUAAUCUGUGACUGUAAGAACUUUCAUCUGUAAUAUUCAAUUAAUACUUUGAAUGUUAAUGAAAAAAGUGAGUCUUUGAUACUUUCAAUGCAAAAAUAAUCUAUUCUUGCUUAAAGUUUUCAAAAUGAUGUAGAAUUUACUUACUUCAUGUAUAGCUAUCACGCGCAAACAUAUUGCAGCAAAUCGUGUGUUACGCGCGGAAGAUUGUAAUUUUUAUAAUUGACAAUAACAACAUCAAUAUUCAAAACUUGUGACACAUCAAGUUCUUACACAAGAUAUUUUUAAGCAACUUUAACUACUAGUAAUAUUAAAAUUAUAUGGCAUACAUCAACAGAUUACAUCAACAAAUGAAAAAGUAAAAGUUGCAUAUUCGGCAUAUCAAUGAUUAUUUUAAAACGAAGGGUAUUAUAGAGUGAAAUCUAGCUUAUGCGUUUUUAAAUUCUAGAAAUGAGUUUUAAUCAGCUUUAAUGUUUCUUUACAAAAUCUUAGUCUUUUUAACGUAUAUUUAUAGCUGGGGUAAAUCGAUUUUUAUGGAUUUCGUUAGUUUCAUUAGAAAAAAUUUUAUUUUGCUUCAAAAUUAUACAGUUAUACGAUAAUUGAAUACAAUAUCGUAUGAAUAAAACGAUCAAAUUUAUUAAGGUUUUUAAACAGUUAUCAUUAUGUUUUAAAUUCCAUGAAUUAUCCAUGUGAAUUUAAUAUUAACCGUCAUAUACAGCAUCAUCUGGAUAGAAACAAUUUUAACGGUCGUAUCUUACGUUAAAAAGUAUGUAAAUGGCGGUAUCAUUUGGGUAGAAAUAUAUUUGAAUGAAACAAAACACAAACUUUUUAAAAAUGAAAUGUUUUAUUAAUUGAAGGACCAUAUUCAAGGUCCCUGAUUACUGUAAAUAAGAAUGAGUGAUGCAGAAGAUACAAGACUGUACUUAUUGCGGACUGUGUGUAUAGUUGUCAAAAAAUUUCUUGGGAGAAAUAUUAAAAAAUACAUAUGUU